AUGGGAGCGAUGAAACGGACUGCAGUGGCUCGGGCGGGGGCGACGGCAGUGGCUCGGGUGGAGGAGACGGCAGUACGGAUUCUUCUCAAGAGAAUUGACAUUAUCUCUUCCGGAGCUGACAUGUCUGGAGAUGACACCAGUGGAGGAGUCACUGCUACUACACCUGUGCCACCCGCACCCAAGCAGGUUCCUCCUCAGGUGAUUCCUGGUGCGGGUUCAGUAAGCAAGGCGAUUGGCAACGCACAGGGUACUGUUAACCAAGCAGCUAAUGGCGCAGCAAAGGCCAUUGGCGGGAUAGCGAAGAAGCUUAUAAAGGGAGGAAGUGCGAGAAAGAAGAAGGUGAACUCAGGGGUUGUGCCAGGGACAGGAGGAGCUGCAGCGAGUGGAGCCACAGGUAUUACCUCAGGUGCUACCUCAGGUGAUACCUCAGGUGAUACCUCAGGUGCUACCUCAGGUGCUACCUCAGGUGCUAACUCAGGUGAUACCUCAGGUGAUACCACAGGAGAUACCACAGGUGACACCGCAGGUGACAAUGCAGGUGUUUUCUCAGGGGAUGCUUCAUCUGAUGGUUCUGGUGAUGCUUCAGGUAAUUCUUCAGGGGGGGACAGCGGCCCUGAAACUGGCACAGGAACCUCCUUGGUUGGUGCUCAAAGCAGAUCCUCCAGUGGCCAUGGCAGUAAGGGGGGCUCUUCUAAGCCAGGGUCCGCGUUUACCACUCGCACUACCCCAGAACCGAAUCUGACUCCUUCCAACCCCUCGGGUGGGACGAGCGGGGGCAAGAGGGGAGGAAAUGCAGUGGGAGGUGAACAGGAUGGGGGAAGCAGCAAAUCAAAGAAAGGGAAGAACGGGGAAGGAUUCUGGGCAUGGCUGAAGAAGAAAGCGAAUGAAGCCAAGACCACGUUGCAGGCUGCAGCAGAGAAAGGUAAGAAGCAAGGUGCCGCACAGCUGAAGAAGGUGCAGCAGAAGGGGGGGGCGAAGAAAAUGCAAGGGAAGGCUGCAGCCCAGGUGAAGCGGGUGCAAGUGAGGGUCGCACAGAAGACGAAGCAGGGGGAGCAGAACAGGAAGGUGCAGCCGAAGAAGGGUUAG